AGUUUUGUCGGCCCCUGGCCCGCGGAAUACCCAGGAAACCGCUAUUGUUUCCCUACCCACCAUUUCAAGCUUCGGUAUCACCACCAUUACUGCCGAAGAUUUUCAUCCACUGCUCGAUGAUUAGAAGCAUACCCGAUGAGACCCAUGAUUUAUUCGACUAUACGUCGGGGAGAUGGAUGUCUGUUGAGAUAGCCUUCCAUUACCUCUGGUCACCAAGUGUAAGAGACUAAUUAUCUGCCUGCUUUCAAGCUACAAUGAUGCCCUGAGACACUCCGAGAGACGGCGCUGCUUCGACAUAUCGGAGCUUAAACGGCUCGCUGCAGCGUCCAUACACCAGCGAACAGAAGAUGUUGCCAAAUUCGAGAAACUUGCGAAGGAGGCUUUAACCGAUCCUUCCUCGUAACCAUGCGCGAUGGCUUUCAGUUGGUUGCCCGCAUCCCUUAUCCGUCGACAGCACCAAAAGACCUCCUCGUUGCCAGUGAAGUAGCCACUAUGGAUUUUCUUCGCUCCCAUGGUAUACCCGUUCCAAAAGUCUAUGGUUACUCGACAGUGUCAACCAACCCGGCGGGCACGGAGUACAUCUUCAUGGAACUUAUCCGCGGUAGGAACCUAGGAGAUAUCUGGUUUGACCUGUCAGAAAGACAGAGGAUCACCGUUGUUUCUAGAAUUGUGGAGUUGGAGGCCCGAAUCUUUGCUCUGCGGUUUCCAGCGAGUGGAAGUCUUUACCAUUGUGGUGAUCUUCAGGGUGAAACCGCCAGAAUCACCGUUCCCACCGCUGACCAUUUGUCCGGCGAGAAUAAUUUUUGCAUCGGGCCCGAUACUACACUCGGAUUAUGGUUCGGCAAACGACUCGCAUUGCCGGUUGAGCGCGGUCCAUACAAGGAUUGUUUAGCUGCUCUGACGGCGGGCGCUGAGAAGGAGAUCUCAUAUCUGACCAAGUAUGGACAACCUAUCCUACCUUUCCAGCGUCUUCGGCGGGAGAUAUACGACUACAAACCCCGUUCGCACCUGGAUCACUUGGUGAAUUUGAGACAGUAUCUGCAAAUUGCACCUCAUCUAAUACCACACCAUGACCCGGCACUGGCCCGCCCAGUCAUGCGGCACCCAGAUCUCCAACCCAACAAUAUAUUCGUCACUGACCAGCUUGAAAUUACCGGCUUGAUUGACUGGCAGCACUCUGCCAUACUUCCACUAUUCCUUCACUCCGCUAUUCCAAACAGCUUCCAGAACUAUGGCGACGAGAUAUCGGAAUCAAUGCAGCUGCCCACCCUGCCAACCAACUUUGACCAGCUCGAUGAAAUGAAACAGUUUGCGGAAGUAGAACUCCUACGCAAGCGCCAGCUGCACUACAUCUACCUUCGAGAAACCGCCAAGAUAAAUCCAGAACACUUCAAUGCUCUGAUGAACGGGCUGAAUACUUUAAGGCGCAAGCUUUUCUACCACGCCAGUGAACCCUGGGACGGCGAUAAUGUGACUCUGAAAGCUGACCUGAUCUCAUUAACAGAGAAAUGGCAACAGCUUACUAGCAGCUCCGGUUCGGAAGUACCCUGUCCACUCAUUUUUUCGGAGCACGAGGCUGCUGCGUGUAUCCAGCUGGACAAAGCCCAGGUAGAAGCCGAUGAACAGUUAGAGGCUUGUAGGGAAGCUAUUGGAGUAGGCACCGAAGGCUGGGUCCCCCUUGAGUUUUAUGAAGAAGUGAAACAGCGUGAGGUAAAGCUCAAGGCCGAUGCUCUGGACGCCGCUGAAUCCGAAGAGGAGAGAGUGAGGACAAGAGAGCACUGGAUAUUUGACGACUUUUGUGAAGAAGACUAUCUUUAAAUAUGGUAGGUAUGCAUAUUCAGGUAUAUUUAACUCUCUACAUGCAAAGUAAUGGUAUGAAAUUCUCUAGCGCUAACAUCUAACUCCUUUUUUUUGACCUUGUGUUUUAUUAAAUGGAUAAAAUAGGCUACUUUGCCUCUUUCAAAGUAUUUCCUGCUCUCAAC